UGGCGCGACGUCAUCCGAGUUGCGAAUGCACCCAGUUUGGCGUCGCUUCACCAGAGAUAUAAAGACAGGAUGACAAGUCCGACGGUCCUCAUCAUGAAACAAGAGAACAGCCGGAGAACACACUCGACCAGAAACCUGCGCCCCUGCACAUCCGGAAUGCUUUUCGGCGCGUGCCACGCGCUGAGCGCAGCGAUGGGACUGAUUGUGCUCACCUCUUCCCUCACACUGGCCGAUUCCGACUGGGCGGUAACAACAAUUCCGCCCUCACAAGAUCCCUGCGCAGGAGAGGACUGCUAUGGCGACUACGAGGACUCAUUGUGCUCGGUUUUGCCCGAGCUGUGCCAACCAGAGCCCACCGAGAGCAAACGGGCGUCGGGCUUUUCGGCCUGGGGCGGCAAAAGGGUGCCGUUUUCAACAUGGGGCGGCAAAAGAACGCCCUUCUCCACGUGGGGCGGCAAACGCGUGCCCUUUUCGACGUGGGGCGGCAAGCGGCAGGGCGACAAGAAGGGCGGCAACUUCAACGCUUGGGGUGGCAAAAGGGUGCCGUUCUCGUCGUGGGGUGGAAAACGAGCCGGCGCCUUUUCCUCGCGGGGCGGCAAAAGGGCCGACGAACAGGUUUUCUCGGCCUGGGGCGGCAAAAGAGACCAGGCCAGGGACAAAAGGGCCUCCUCGUCAGGCAAGAGGAGCCCCGAGCUGAGCCCCGUGCUGGUGGACGAGAAGGGCCUCACCAUCAGACGGGGGUCGGUCGACUUUUUCCCUUGGGGCGGCAAAAGGGACCAGCAGUGACAACCCUCGUUCAACCACCCCAAAAUGUACCUCUGAUUGUGUUUAAUUGUUUCUUUACGGAAAUAAAAUAACUCAAAUAUGUGUAAGACCUGAAUGUAUACGGAGGAUGGCUGGAUGAGAAUGGGUCCUCGUGCUUAAUAAAAAGGCAAU